AUGUUUGAAUCACUAUUGAAUGAUUACUUCGACCAUAACCCACAGAAGGAAUGGGCACUGGAGGAGCAUCAUACGGAUAGAAUAGCAAUCGAAGAUUUGCACAAUGCAAUAAACACAUCAAUCAUCGAAGAUCUUAGAGGAGAAAUAAUGGAAGAAUCAUCUAAGUUUUUGGAAUUUAAUCAGCACUCUAUCUUUUAUAAAGAACUUCCAAGUUAUGAAGAGGACAUAGAGAUUGACCCAGAAUUAGUACUUAAAGAAACUAAUAAAGCCAUGAUUUCUUAUUUUGAAUGCUUUUUCAAUUAUGAUUUUUGGAAUUGUUGGACAUUAAAAUCUGGUUCAGUAGUUACUGAAUUGCUAGAGAAAGCAUCAAAUGUCAAAGGACAUCCUCUAAAACCAGAGGUUUGGAGAAUCAUCUAUUGUAGUUUCAAGAUAGCAAAACUGAAAUGGUUAAGUAAUGAAAAGUACAUCGAGAUACUGAGCUUUGCUAAACGCUCAAGUAUUACAAGCUCUCCAAAAGAUAUUAUUGAAUUUUUGAAAAUAAAAUCAUUAAAAUCUUUGGGAUUUAAAGUAAAAAAGUUCAAAAGAGACAAAUUAAAUACUCAUCUGGAAAAAAUUACUAGCCAGAAUUCCAGUGAAGAUCUUAAUUUGGAAGCUAUUAAGAUAACAUGUUUAAUAUUAUAUCCUGAAGAUACAUUUACUCCAGAUGUUUUAGAGGCUGAUUAUGAAGGUUAUUUGAUACAUCUUUGUUUAAAAAAAAUACUUGUAGGCUUAGAAGAUCAUUUAUAUUAUCACAUGGGGGAAGUCAUUUUAUCAUCAGUUAAAUCUUGCAGAAGUCGACGAAAAUGUAUUAGCUCUUAUGAGCAAAAAUCUGAUGGCGUCUUUACCAUAAAAUUAAGAAAAUCAUUAAUGGAAAUAGGCCACUUAGAAAUGAGUGGGGGAUAUGGGUAUAAAGAUAUUUCUCAACAUCAUAAACAUAUUUUUGAUUUUAUUGUCCUCCUUUGGGAUCUCAAGUCUCUUGAUACACAGUGUAGAUUAUUGGAAACUUCCAACAUGAUAUUUCAGCUGAGAGAUGAACAUAAUGAUAAUUUGUUUGAAUUAUCAAAACUCUCCAAAAGACUUCCAGCAUAUCCAUUUACACCAAAUAAAGAUAGACACAAAAUUGGUAUUAAAGAUGCAAAUGAAGAUAGUGAUCUUGAUAAUUCUUCAAUUUGA